AUGCGGGUUUGGCGCUUGGUGCGUGAACUUGAUGACCGCUUCAGCUGCUCCACACGGAAAGUGGAUGUCUACACGUACACGCAAGGAUUUGUGAUGAGUGGAACAAGCUUGCUGACCGGCACCAAGACCACCAUCAAGGAGCUGAAUGCCGCUGGCGCUCCCUUUGUGCUGGGCGGCGUGCGGCCACAAGGUGUGCGCACAGAGGACCGUGCAGAAGCACCGCAUAAGGACGAGAACUCAUCAAUGAUCGCCUUCCCUGGUCUAAAUGUUGACCGUCAGGUGGUCCGCGGUACUUGUGGCCUCAUGGACCAGAUUGAUCCAUAUGGUGCCAACUUUCUCUUCAAGGACUGGUUCCUGGUAGUGGACAAGAGGCCAGAAGAGAUGACCAGGCAGGAAAGCGCUCAAGCAUCUCGAUUGUCCGGGAUUGGCAUGAGCUUAGCUGGUGGCGGGGGACAUAGCCUUAUGGUCGAGCAGAAGAAGAUUCCUCCGCCGGGCUGGGGUCCGAAGGAGCGCAUUCGACAAGAGACCUUUGUCACCAAGGUCUUCGUGGCUGUGGCCGACUCGCAGCAACAGGAGAAGAUGCACCUGGUGAUGAAUGCUGGGCCUGGAGGUGUUGGUGACCGCUAUGAGGGCACCGCCACCAUGAUGAUUGAAGCAGCUCACUGCCUACUGGAAAAUGAGGACGCAGGCGCCAAACUUCGCAGUGGCUGGGGCACACCAGUGUUCCACUUGGCUCAUCUGAAUUUCUUCGAGCGAUUAGAACGCUUGGGUUUUACCUGUCGCAUCUUCCCAGGAGCACCCAGUAGCGACUUUAUGCACCGCGUUUUUUCCGCUUCACUGCCCCUUGCAGAUGGCAACCCUGCGACCUGA